AUGCGUGUUUUCUCGGCCCACAAGCAGCUUCUUCGCCAGCUUUUGUUGAUCCCCUUUGCCACGGUCGCAAGUUUAGCACUCGGCACACUGAUCGUGGCCUCGUUUGCUUUGGAGGUUUUUAUUUCCGAGGUGUAUAAUGGUCCCUUCAAGAGCUACCUGGAGUUCCUGCCGACCGUGCUUUUCUCGCUUUCGUUGCCCUCAAUCACCAACGUGCUCACCCGAGUCGCCCUUCGGUUGACCAAGUACGAGAACUACCGCACCCAGGACCAAUACGACCUAGCCCAGACGUCAAAGACUUUUGUUAUGCACUUCAUCACGGCGUUCCUGCCUACUAUUCUGACGGCUUUUGUGUACGUCCCGUUUGGCGAACGCAUCUUGCCGUAUCUCGAUGUGUUCCGCGUACGAGGAGUGUCCAACACCUUGAACCCGUCGCAAGUGCACAUCGACACCUCUCGAUUGCAGCAGGAGGUCAUCUCGCUGUCUAUCACCGCACAGGCUCUCAACUUUGGCGAGGAGGUGGUGUUCCCCUACGUGAAACGUGUGCUAUUGCAGAAAUGGCGCGAUUACCGCGAAAAGCGAGAAACGGCAGGCCACGCCAGGAACCACUCGAAACAGACCGAUCGGUUGUUGGCGGAUUCGCCCGACGAGGCGAGUUUCCUCACGCGCGUUCGCAACGAGACCGAGGCGGACGAGUAUAACGUGCAUGAAGAUAUCCUGGAGAUGUGCGUUCAAUACGGGUAUCUGGCUCUGUUUGGCAUCUCGUGGCCUUUGGUGCCUUUAGGAUUCUUAGCAAAUAACUGGUUGGAAUUGCGUGGUGACUUCUUCAAAUUGAGUUUGGAGUGUCAGCGACCGCCGCCGAUCCGUGCCGACUCGAUAGGACCAUCGCUGCAAGGGUUGGAGCUCCUCACUUGGCUCGGAUGUUUGUCCACGGCCGCCAUCGUAUACCUGUACCGCGACGGAAUGCAAGAGGUGAACACUACCUACCUGCUGCUGUCCAUCCUGGUGGCAGAAUGGGCCUACCUGGUGGUGCGCUUCGCAGUGCACACGGGCUUGCAAAAGUUGACGGAGGGUAUCAAACGCCGGGAAUCGGCCAAACGGUAUGCAGUGCGCAAGGCGUAUCUGGAUACCUUCUCGGAAUGUGCAUCUCCACGCAGCAAGACCAAGGUGCGCUUCCAGGACCGUGUCAGCGUUUACACCACUGCCACCGACGUGAAGACGGGCUCCGAGGAAGCCCUACACGAGGAGCAAAAUGGCAAUGGGAAAUCGGAGAAAUUCUGGUCGUGGCCUCAGCAGGAGACAGCGGACGCAGGCGUUCGGCUGAUCAAGGCAUUGAGCUCGGAGAGUAAGCCAGUGAAAGAUGCGAAGGGGGCGUAG